AGUGUAUCUAUCAUAAAUUCAUAAUGCUGUUUUGGUCCCACUUUGUGGUUCCCAUAAGACUAAGUCACAUAUUUCUAGUCAAUUUUGACUGUCCCUUGUGAUGAUGCCUACUUUACACUCAUUGGUUGGUUGUUUGAUUUUCUCUUUUCUCUUAUUUCUCCCCCUGUUUGAUAAUUGGUGGUUAUAAUAUAAAUAUAUAUAACAUUUCUUAAUGGGUAUUACCUAUAAAUAUAUAUAUAUAUAUAUAUAUUUAUAUAUAAAUUAACAUGAGCCUAAUACAGAAACUGACUAGAUAACGAUCUGUCUAAGGUGACAUGAUUUUCAAGAGUUCAAGAUAUUGACUUUGUGGCCUAUAAUCAUAUAUUUUUCUCUACCACAAUAUUUGGUGGACUAUAGUCUCCUUGCACAUAUUUUAUUAAUCAAUGUUAAUAAUUGAAGGGUAAGAGGUGUAUAUUAGAAAAUUUGUUAUUAAUUGACACAUAUCUUAAUCUUUCUCUUUCUAUGUCUCUGUAAUUUGCUAUUUUAGUUCUCUCAGAUUAUUAUUUUGGAGGACUAAAUUGAUCCAGUACUAGUGUAUCCAUCAACUGCUAUUGGGCUCCUGUGAAGGUAGCUGUUGAUUUUUUGGAGGGAAAAACCGAAGAAUGCUCAGUAGAAAUGCAAUUCCAAUCACAGCCAUUCUGUAGAAUUUCUCUUUAUGUUCUCACAUCUCAGUCUCUCCCUUUCUCGUCUUCUUCUUCGCCAUGGUUCUCUAUUCUCGGCUCUGCUGCUGCCACUGCUGACUUAUCACUUGGCAAGUGUGCUCAUGCUAAAAUCAUAAGAACAGGGGAAAUUCCAGAUCGUUUUCUGACCAACAAUCUUAUUACCAUGUACUCUAAAUGUGGUUCUCUCGUAUAUGCGCGCCACUUGUUCAAUAGAACUAACUAUAGAGACCUUGUGACUUGGAACUCCAUUCUAGCUGCCAUAUCUCGAUCUGCUGAAUCUAAAUUCGAGAAUAUUCAAGAGGGUUUUAGUGUUUUUCGUAAUCUUCGUGAGUCUUUCAUAUCAACUAGUCCAUUUAGUUUGGCACCGAUGCUUAAGCUUUGUUUACUCUCGGGAUAUGUUUGGGCUUCUGAGACUGUUCAUGGCUAUGCUAUUAAAAUUUGCCUUGAACAGGAUACGUUUGUUUCUGGUGCUCUUGUCAAUAUUUAUUCGAAAUUCAGGAGGAUUAGCGAGGCUCGUGCUUUGUUUGAUUCCAUGCCCGAAAAGGAUGUUGUGUUGUGGAAUGUAAUGCUCAAGGUGUACUUGGACAUGGGUCUUGAAGAAGAAGUACUUUAUCUCUUCACCGAGUUUCAUCGAAGUGGGUUACACCCUAAUGAUGUUACUAUGUGUUGUGUUAUUUCUGGGAUUAACAAACUUGGAUUUGAUAAGUGCAGUAGUAGGUAUCUACAGCAGGUUCAAGCAUAUUCAACUAAAUUAUCUUUGUAUAAAGAUGAUUCAGAUGCAUACAUGUGGAACAAGACACUUUCGAAGUAUCUUCAAGUGGGUGAAAAAUGGCUUGCUAUUAAUUGUUUUAUCAAUAUGAUUAGAUCAAAGGUGAAGUAUGAUGUUGUUACUUUAGUAGUUAUGUUAAGUACAAUCUCAGGUACACAUGAUCUAGAGUUAGGAAAACAGAUUCACUGUAUUAUUGUGAAAUCAGGUUUUGAUUCUGAACUUUCUAUUGCAAAUAGUCUAAUCAAUAUGUAUUCGAAGUUAGGUUCGGUUUAUUUUGCUCGGAAAGUGUUCAAAUACAUGAAAGAUUUGGACUUAAUUUCUUGGAACUCGAUGAUUUCGAGUUGUACUCGAAGUGGUUUAGAGGAGGAAUCUAUGAGCCUAUUUAAAGAUUUACUGGAUUUCGGUGUAGUACCUGAUCAAUUUACACUAGCAAGUGUUUUAAGGGCUUGCUCUUCUCUUAAAGAAGGGUUAUCCCUUGCUAGACAGGUACAUGUUCAUGCAGUUAAACUUGGUAAAGUAGCUGAUAGAUUUGUUUCAACAGCACUUGUUGAUGUUUAUUCUAGAUGUGGAAAGAUAGAAGAGGCAGAGGUUGUUCUACACAAACAAGUUGAAUUUGACUUGGUUUCAUGGAAUGCCAUGAUGUUUGGUUACAUAAUUUGUAAUAAGAGUCACAAAGCAUUGGAACUUUUGAGUCUCAUGCAUAAAAUUGGAGAAAGGGUAGAUGAGAUUACUUUAGCAACUGCUACCAAAGCUUCUGGUUCCUUGGUAGCAUUGGAACAAGGCAAGCAAAUUCACGGUCAUGUUACUAAAGUAGGGUUUGGUGUAGAUUUGUGUGUCGGUAGUGGAAUCCUAGAUAUGUAUGUAAAAUGUGGAGACAUGGUAAACGCUAAUAUCGUGUUUUUUGAAAUCUCUGUCCCUGAUGAUGUUGCGUGGACAACAAUGAUAUCUGGAUGCGUUGAAAAUGGUCAUGUGGAUCGCGCUCUUUCAAUUUAUCAUCAGAUGAGAGAGUUCGGUGUCCAACCUGAUGAAUACGCUUUUGCUACCCUAGUCAAAGUGUGUUCGAGCAUAACAACAUUGGAACUAGGAAGACAAAUUCAUGCAAAUGUGAUAAAGUUGGAUUAUGCCUUUGACCCUUUUGUUGGGACAUCAUUAGUUGACAUGUAUGCCAAGUGUGGGAGUAUAGAAGAUGCCUAUUGCUUGUUCAAAAAAAUGGAUGUUAAAGAUGUCACCUUGUGGAAUGCUUUGUUGGUUGGCUUAGCUCAACAUGGAGAUGUUGAAAAAGCUCUUAACCUUUUCAAAUGUAUGGUUGAUAAUCAUAUUGAGCCUGAUAAAGUUACAUUUCUUGGGGUGCUUUUCGCAUGUAGCCAUUCUGGUUUAAUUUCAGAAGCUUAUAGAUAUUUCGCUUCAAUGCAUAAAGAUUAUGGCAUUGAGCCCGAUGUUGAGCAUUAUGCUUAUCUAGUUGAUGCCCUCGCUCGAUUUGGACAUGUAAGAGAGGCAGAAAAAUUGAUCGCAUCAAUGCCUAGUAAAGCUUCAACAUCAAUUUAUCGAACCCUACUUGGCGCUUGUAGAAUUGAAGGGGACAUUGAAACUGGAAGACGAGUGGUGAAGCGGCUCUUGGCCUUAGAGCCAUCUGAUUCUGCUUCAUAUGUUCUUUUAUCUAACAUGUGUGCUGCUUCAAAUUGUUGGGAUGAAGUGAGUAAUACUCGAAAAAUGAUGAAGAGAAAAAAUGUGAAGAAGGAUUCAGGUUAUAGUUGGAUAAUUGUGAAGGAAUUUCAUGAAAAACAUGAAAUGUACUAAUGUUUGUUAAGAUACAAAGUGAUCAUUUGAAUAAUGCUAUCUUUGAAACUACCUUGGUACUCAGGUUGUUUAAUUUUCUUUUUCUUUUUUUAAAAAGAAAAUUUAGCUUUAUUACGCUACUAAAAAUAGUAGUAAAUUAGUAGGAAAAGAUUCCUAACUAAAACGACAAUUAAAGUAUAAUAUAGCAGCCCUAACAAGGUUACGAGUCAUUCUAUUAGUUGCUCGCUUAACAAAAAUAAUAGAAAUAUUUCUUAAAAGAUUUAACAAAUACUUACAAUCAUUAAUAGCAAGCCCAAAUAAAGAAAUCAUAUCAAAAAUUAUUUCGCAAGGUUUGCACAACCAAGAGACAAUUAGUUUCAAGAGACACCUGCCAUUGAUGAUCUUUGAUAAAGAAAGUGCUUCUUGAUUCCCCAUUAUUUUAGCUAACUCCAACUUCAUUUGACCUUGAAAGAAUGAAGUAUGA